UUUAAACUCAAUACUGUGUGAGAGAGGCCGUUGUUACAGCGAUCGGACACAUGGACUCGUGGGUUAGGUUUAGCAGUCAGAGUCAGGCUAAGGAGCGGGUUUUCAGAGCAGCACAAUAUGCCUGCACGUUACUUGGAUAUACCUUGCAGAAGAAUGGAGCCAGCAAUGAGCUUGUGGCCAGCAUUAAACAGCUAGAGGCUCACCUGAGUCUGGGGAGAAAGUUGUUCCGGUUGGGGAAUUCAACGGACGCCAUAGAAUCAGCUAAGCGUGCCAUUCACUUGUCGGAUGUGGUGCUGCGCUUUUGUAUCACAGUCAGUCACCUCAACAGAGCCAUGUACUUCGCCUGCGACAAUAUCCUGUGGGCAGGGAAAACCGUCCUUUCCCGCGAUAUGGACCAGGACAAAUGGAGUCAGCGUUCAUUCAGGUAUUACCUUUUCUCCCUCAUCAUGAAUCUAAGCAGAGACCUUUAUGAGAUUAAAGGGACUCUUCUAAUGGAGGUGGAAACCAGUGGCAAACACUCCAGGCUAAAUGCUGAGAAUGAAGCAGUCCUUCCAGGUGAUGAUCCCCCAUACCAUGCUCUACAGACCCAGCUUUACCUGAUUUUAAACAUCUUGAGGAAUAAUCCCCCAGUCCUCCUUGAUGUCCUGAAGAACACCUGUGACAUCUUUAUCCCACUUGACAAGCUGGGCCUAUACAAGACCAACCCAUGCUUCAUUGGUCUUUGUGGUCUGACCUCUUCUAUACUGUCCAUCUUGACCAUUGUUUAUCCUUGGCUUAAACUGAAGCCUUGAGCAUCCAGUGUUCCUUAUAGGAACAGCAAGUGUAAGGGGAAACCCCCCCUGGUGAAUAAUUGCAUUGCAAACCAGAAUGUGGUAGAUUAAA